AUGCCAUCCAGAUCAGAUAUUACACACUUCGGUGCCGGCCCAGCAUCUUUACCUACUGACGUCCUCGAAGAUGCUGCCAAGGCCCUUCUUGAUUACAAUGCCACCGGCCUAGGCGUCGCUGAGCAUUCUCACCGUUCGCCUCUGGCAAGUGAUAUUAUAAAUCAAGCCAAAGCUGAUCUAGCCGCCUGUCUUGAUAUUCCAGAUGACUACGAGAUCCUUUUCAUGCAGGGCGGCGGCACAGGACAAUUCUCUGCGGUAGCGUACAACUUUGCAGGCGCCUGGGUUGCCCGCAAGCACAAAGAAAUCUUUGGGGAUAUUCAAGGCGAUCCCGCCGACCAUCCCGAGUUGAUUCAGCGGCUCAAGCAAGCCGUGGACAAUGACCUCAAGAUCGAUUACCUUGUUACCGGCAGCUGGUCGCAGAAAGCGUCAGCUGAAGGCGAGCGGCUCUUGGGCCCAACGCACAUAAACAUUGCGGCAGAUGCCAGGAAGACGAAUGGCGGCAAGUUUGGAACAAUCCCGGAUGAGAGUGACUGGAAGCUAUCCAAAGACGCCGCUUUCGUCUAUUUCUGCUCCAACGAGACCGUUGACGGGGUUGAAUUUCCUCAAUUUCCCAAGUCCCUUGAGCCGGGACCUGACGGGAAGGGCCCGAUUGUUGUCGCAGAUAUGAGUUCGAACAUUCUCACGAGAAAGAUCCCAGUGAAAAACUUCUCAGCCAUCUUCUUUGGCGCGCAGAAGAACCUGGGAUUGGCGGGUGUUACCGUCGUGGUCAUCAGGAAGAGCUUCCUGCCACCCACAUUAUCUCAGCCUUCUCCGGCUUUGAUGAGACACCUUGCUUUACCCGUGCCGCCUAUUAUAUUCCAGUAUGAGACUAUUGCCAAGAACAAUAGCCUUUACAAUACGUUGAGUAUCUUUGAUGUAUACGUCAUUGGCCAGGUCCUGAAAAAGCUUUUGCGGACGUACCACCCCAACAGGGUUGACGCACAACAGGCUGUCACGGAAAAAAAGGCCCAGCUUAUUUAUGACGCCAUCGAAGCCUUUCCCGAGAUUUACAAGGUCAUCCCUCACAAGACAGUACGGUCACGCGUCAAUAUCUGCUUCAGGGUCACAAGAGGUGGCGAUGUCGACGCCGCUGAGAGGGCCUUUCUGGAAGAGAGUGCUGCCCAGGGCUUGACCGGGCUGAAGGGACAUCGUUCGCUAGGCGGUAUGCAACCCCCGGAGCUUUUGACAAAUCCUCUGCCUGCUCUUGUCUCGGUCUCAUCUCGUUCUGGCCGAGUGGUGCUAACCUUUGAGUGUCGCGCAGGAAUCCGAGCAAGCAACUACAAUUCGGUUUCCCUGGAUGGUGCAGAGAAGCUUGCCAAAUUCAUGCGCUCCUUCGCAACGUCCUAG